GAGAGGUCACAGACGAUACCCGCCAUCUGCACUGGCUUCCAAAGCUCCUCCUUUAUACAUAUAUAAGACUGGAAGGAGGUUAGAUUGGCUUUCUCCAUCCGUUCCAGGUGCCAUCUCCUCCCCGUCGGCUGACGUCGGAUGUGCAUCGAUGACUGAUCUGCACUUGUAAGGCCCUGGACAACAACAGCAGUGGGAGCGGAUGGAUCUGCUCCGCUGAGUGGGCGUCGGAACGCCGGCGCCGUGCGCAACACGAGCAGGUGGAUGGAGAGGCUGGAUGCGGUUUUUCCAGCAGGUCAGCGCCGCUCCGGAGCGGCUGGACUCCACACUCUGUGCUGAGGGACGUCUCGCCACCAUGGACGCGAUUUGAGGAGGACGUGUUUAAAAAAUCCAUCUCGGUCUAUAACCAUCUUCUUCCAGCUGGGAUGUGAUAAUUGUGGUUCCUAAUCCUCAGUCGUCCUAAAACCCAGAGCCCUAUACCCAAAGAUCUCAAAUUUCCAGCACCCCUUGCUUAUCCUGGAACUUAACACAGUCCUGAACCCUUAUUUUCACCACCCUGUGAAUUAAAAUCAAUGUCCAACCCAAAACCCAUUAAUAGCUACCGUCUCUGAACUCCUCUCUGAUCACACUCUACUUGUCAACUUUUUUAGAUGCUUACGACCCUUUGAUUUCCCAAAACCUUGUCAGCCAUCAUGGCCUUGGAUCAGUGGCCCUUCCUCUCCACUCCCCCAAACACCUCCAUCCCCGAGCCCCUCCUGUACGACAGCUACAUCCAAGGGAAUGAGUCUGACCUGGACAUGAACAUCUCACAGACCAGAGAGCGUCACCAGGACAAGACCAGCUCCGUGGUCAUCACCUUCAUCUAUUUCAUGGUGUGCUCCGUGGGGCUCUGUGGCAACGCCCUGGUCAUCUAUGUAAUCCUGCGUUAUGCCAAAAUGAAGACAGUGACCAACAUCUACAUCCUGAACCUGGCAGUCGCAGAUGUUUUGUGCAUGAUGAGCUUGCCGUUCAUCGCCCUGCAGCUAGCGCUGGUGCACUGGCCCUUUGGAGAGGCUCUUUGCAGAGUGAUCAUGACUGUAGACUCUCUCAAUCAGUUCACCAGCAUCUUCUGUCUGAUGCUGAUGAGCAUCGAUCGAUACUUGGCUGUGGUCCACCCCAUUAAAUCUACGAAAUGGCGGAAGCCCCGUGUAGCCAAGCUAAUUAACCUGACAGUCUGGGUUGUGUCGCUGUUGGUCAUUCUGCCAACUAUGAUCUUCAGUGGCCUGGACAAGGUGCCGGUAUGUGGCAUCGUGUGGCCGGAGCCCCAGGACAUCUAUUACACAGCCUUCAUAUUCUACACCUUUUUCAUUGGUUUCUUCUUGCCCCUCGCAGUCAUAUGUAUGUGCUACCUGCUUAUUAUAAUCAAGGUGAAGUCGUCUGGCAUGAGAGUGGGCUCCACCAAGCGCAAGCGCUCAGAGCGUAAGGUGACCAGGAUGGUGUCCAUUGUGGUGGCGGUGUUCGUGCUCUGCUGGCUGCCUUUCUACAUUUUCAACGUCACCUCUGUCACCAGCUCCAUCAGCCCCACCUCUGCUGUGAAGAGCACCUUCGACUUUGUGGUGGUCCUCGGCUACGCCAACAGCUGCGCGAACCCCAUCCUGUAUGCCUUCCUGUCGGACAACUUCAAGAAGAGCUUUCAGAAAGUCCUGUGUCUGAAAAAGGUGACGGGCAUGGACGAGAUAGAGCGCAGUGACAGCAGGGCGGACAGGAGCCGGAUGGUCAUCGACGCUGUGAACAACGCCAACUUGGAGACUCACAAUGCCGCCCUGCUCCAUUGCGAGCUGCAGACCAGCAUCUGAGGAUAAAAUGGUAGCAGUCACGUCUAGGGAGGCCAGAGAGACUGAGCAGUGGUGCUUGGGGAUGAUGGGGCUACCCGCGCACUGCUAGUGACCUCGGCUCAGUGGCGCGGGGGGGGGGGCGGGAGGAUGAUGUAAUAGCUGCUGCUCAUGGACACUGACACAUGAGCAAAGUGAGUGAAAAAAAUAAACAAUUUCUUAAGGGUUUUUAAAAGGUCGGGGAAAGUACACUGACUCCAGAUCAAACGCUUGAUAUUUGGGCUAAUGAGGGAACUUGAGCUGAUUAGCCCUGAGCUGAAGCAAAUGUAUGAUAUGACAAAUUAUUUACAACACUGUAGACAAAUCAAACACAAAUAAGACUGCAGCUCUCGCUCACCAGCCUGGGACUACUAUCAAGUUACUAGAAAACAUGCAGACAGAACCCAAAUCAAAAGAAGACCUACGAUCGGAGAGUGGAACCACUGGAGAAAAUGCAGGGGUGAGUUCACGCACGGUGAGGACGGAGACGGCUGAGCAGGGAUGGACAUUUCCAGAGCUUACAAGGUCGAGCAUUGAUUCCUCUGAAUAUGGAAGUACUGUUGAAGAAAUGGGACAAACAUUUCGGGCCGGCACUGUAAUUCUCCAGAGAUUUUGAAAGAUAAAUAUCAGCAGCCAAAGCUCAAAGAUGAAUACUUUCAUGGUCAUGUCUUAUUCCAUCCAGCUGAUUCGUCUGGUCUUGCAUGAUCGACGGUGCAACAAAAUGGUAAAACUGUCAAAACAAAUCGUAUUCACCCUCAGAGGAAGGAUGCUCUUUUCCCUGUGGACUUCUGAGUGGAAGCAGCUGCAUUGAUCUGUAACUGCUUGAAUUUAACAUCGUGGAUUAUCGAUUAUGUGGAAGGUUGGGAAAACAUCUUGGGAGCCACUCUGACCCUGCGUACUUCAAAACAGCUUGACUUUGUAUAUAGGAAAUGUUUUUUUUUUCUUGUCAACCUCUGGGGGAAAGUUCGGCACAUAAACAACUUCAUGUCCAAGCCAAAAUGAAUCUCGAAGGCAAACCCUGCUGUAAAAUUCUGCAUUGUUGUGAUAUGUGUAAAGAACGGCUUUAAAGAUAUGUUUUUGCGGAAUCCAUCACGGAUAUGUUAUACGUCACUGCAGCCUGGUCUCUGUGCCAGAGAUGCAGCUGUGAAGAGCCCAUUUCCUCUUGUAAAGUUCUGUGUUUGGACAAUGUAAUAUUUCGGGGAGUUUAACGCUGGUUAAGGCAGCAUGUGGUUUAAAAAAUGCCUAAAUCUCACAGACGACAGGAAAAUGUAUCACUUUGUCAAAGGGGGUGAGGGUGAAGAAGAGAAACCCAGGGAAGAAGUGCAGAGCUCAAGUACUCAUCGUGUCUAAUGAGAACACAACACAGAGAAGACGAAGUUUGAGUGGGCUGCAGGACUGCAGGUGAAAAGAAGAGAUGGAGAUGUGUGGCUGAGAGAGCGAUACGCCGAAACAAAAAUAUAAUCUAUUUUUAUUGUAUUUUAUUCUCAAUAUAAUUAGUUUUCUCAUAACAAUAUAACUACAAGGAUGGUUGGGCAACAACGACUGAGAACAGCUGGUUGUGUUUCUGAAGCUCUGACCUGAACUCACCUCAUCAGACUAUUUAAACACAGAAGUUAUCAUUUUACUAUUAUUGCAUUAUGUAUGUUUGGUUGAUUUCAGCUUGUUAUUACACAAAAUACAAAAUCAAUGUCUAGAUUGA